AUGCAGAAGGUGCGGCUCAAGUGGGUGAAGAACCGCGGGCUGGACCACAUCAUCGACCGGACCACCUCCAUCCGCGCGUCCUGCCUCAUGCUCGACUACCUCGCCCGCCAGCCGUCGUCCCCGGUGCCGGCCCGCGCCCUCGCGCGCUUCCAGAAGCCGCUCGGCCUCACCGUCCCCGUGCUCCGCUUCCUCCGCCGCCACCCGACCCUCUUCGCCGAGCAGCCGCACCCGCGCUUCCCCACCCUCCCCGCCUUCUCCCUCACCUCCGCCUCCGACAUCCUCCUCGCGCGCCUCGCCCGCGCCUCCGCCGUAGACUCCCACCUCCGCCUCGCGCGCCUCCUCCUCCUCACCCGCUCCAGGUCGCUCCCGCUGGCCUCCAUCCUCCCGCUCCGCUUCGACCUCGGCCUGCCCUACGACUUCGCCUCCUCCUUCCCCUCCUCCCACCCCGACGUCUUCGCCGUCUCCAAUAACCACAUCUCGCUCUCCGCCUCCCGCCUCCCCGACGAUAUCGCCAUAUCCUCCCUCCAGCGCCGCCACGCCGAGGCCAUCACCGGGGCGACCUACCGCAACCUGUCCCGCCCGCCGUCCUCGUCGCAUGCCCCCCUCGCGUUCCCGAUGCGGUUCCCGCGUGGGUACGGAGGGAUGAAGAAGGUCAAGGCCUGGAUGGACGAUUUCCACCGGCUGCCUUACAUCUCCCCGUAUGAUGAUGCCUCAGGGAUCGACCCUGACAGCGACAUCUACGAGAAGAGGAACAUUGGUUUGCUGCAUGAGUUGCUCGGGCUGAUGGUGCACAAGAUGGUCCGGAGGAAUGCCAUCCGGUUGCUCCGCGAGGAGCUUGGCCUGCCUCACAAGUUCACGAGGUUGUUUACGCGGUAUCCUGGAGUGUUCUACCUGUCGUUGAAGUGCAAGACGACGACACUGGUGCUUCGUGAGGGGUAUGAGAGGGGGAAGCUUGUGGAGAAGCACCCCCUCGCGGCGGUGAGGGACAAGGUACAGUAUGUGAUGCGCACUGGCGUGUUGUACCGUGGGAAGGGCUUGUCCAAGCUGGUUUUAGACGAGGAUGACGACGAAGAGGAGGGUACACUGGAUGGAGAUGAGGAGUUUCAAGGAGAGGGGAUGGAUGAGGAUGCUGAUGUUGAGUGCUUUGGUAUGGAGAUUGUGGAUGACGACGGGCCUGGCAAUGAUGAUUAUGAUGAACGCGAUAGUUAUGAUUGA